AUGGCACAUGGACGCGUACGAGUUGGAGGGUUACAAGUAUCUAAAAUUCUUUUCAAUUUUGUCAAUCAAGAAGUUGUGCCAGGUACAAAUAUAAAUCCUUUCUCGUUUUGGACUGGUUUUCAAACGAUACUUACUGAAUUUGCACCUGUUAAUCGUGCUCUUCUAAAAAAACGCGACGAGCUUCAGGCUAACAUCGAUGAAUGGCAUCGAACACAUCAAGGAAAACAUAAUGAUAUUGCCAGCUAUAAAGCAUUUCUAAAUAAUAUCGGUUAUUUAUCUCCGCGAAAUGAUAAUGAUAAUUUUCAAAUUAAUACAACUAAUGUAGAUGAUGAAAUUGCCGUUCAAGCUGGACCACAAUUAGUUGUUCCACUAAUGAAUGCUCGAUUUACAUUGAAUGCAGCAAAUGCUCGAUGGGGUUCACUUUAUGAUGCUUUAUAUGGAACGGAUGCUAUUCCAGAGAAUGAUGGAUGUGAAAAAACAGAUAAAUAUAAUAAAAAACGCGGUGAUAAAGUCAUUGCAUAUACACGUAAAUUUUUGGAUCAAAACAUUCCAUUGGCAAAUGGUUUAUCUCAUGCUAACGCUAAGAAAUAUAGUGUAGCAGCUGGUGAAUUGAAAGUUACCUUGCAAGAUGAUACCGUUGUUGAACUACAAUCUCCUAAUCAAUUUGUUGGUUAUCAAGGUGAUGCUGAUACGCCUAAAUCUGUUCUGUUCGUACACCAUGGUCUUCAUAUUGAAAUUCAAAUUGAUCGACCUCAUAGUCGAAAUGAUGCUGCUGGAAUAAAAGAUGUAUUACUCGAAGCAGCAUUGACUACGAUUGUUGAUUGUGAAGAUUCAGUAGCUGCUGUUGAUGCCGACGAUAAAGUAGAAUUAUAUCGAAAUUGGCUUGGUUUAAUGAAAGGUACUUUAGAAGCUCAAUUUCCUAAAGGUAAAACAACAAUAACACGAAGAUUAAAUGAAGAUCGAAUUUAUGUAUCAAAAACCGGUGCUAAAAUACAAUUACCUGGUCGAUCUCUUCUUUUCAUACGUCAUGUUGGUCAUUUAUUGUACACUGAUUCUAUAUUAGAUAAGGAGAGUCGUGAGAUACCUGAAGGUAUCCUCGAUGUUGUGAUUACAACAUUAAUUGCUUUACAUGAGCUCAAUGGUAAAUUAACACAGGGUAUUAAAAACAGUCGUAACGGAUCAAUCUACGUUGUUAAACCAAAACAACACGGUCCAGAAGAAGUUGCUUUUACUUCGCGUCUGUUUUCACGUGUUGAAGAUCUACUUAAGCUACCAAGAAAUACACUUAAAAUGGGUGUCAUGGAUGAAGAACGUCGUACAACAUUAAAUCUUAGUGCGUGUAUUCGAGAAGUAAAAGAUAGACUUGUUUUUAUUAAUACUGGAUUUCUUGAUCGAACUGGUGAUGACAUUCAUACAUCAAUGGAAGCAGGUCCUCUCAUUCGUAAAGGUCAAAUGAAAGAAUCUAAAUGGUUAACAGCUUAUGAAAAGAAUAAUGUUGACGUUGGUUUAAGACAUGGCUUACCUGGAAAAGCUCAGAUUGGUAAAGGAAUGUGGGCUAUGCCAGAUAUGAUGGCAGCAAUGCUAGAACAAAAAAUUGGUCAUCCCAAAGCUGGGGCAACUUGUGCAUGGGUUCCAUCACCAACAGCAGCUACUCUACAUGCUUUACAUUACCAUCAAGUUGAUGUUUUUGCUCGGCAAGUUGAAUUAGCAUCUAUAUCUUCUCGACCCGAUGAUUGUCUAGAUGAUUUAUUAACAAUACCAGUUCUUACGACGACUCUUUCACCAGAACAGAUUCAACUUGAAUUAGAUAAUAAUGCACAAGGCAUACUCGGCUAUGUUGUACGUUGGAUUGAUCAAGGCAUUGGUUGUUCAAAAGUACCUGACAUAAAUAAUAUUGGAUUAAUGGAAGAUCGAGCAACUUUACGUAUUUCAAGUCAAUUGCUUGCUAAUUGGUUACGACAUGGAGUUAUAACAAAACAACAGAUAAUAAAAACUUUUCAACGAAUGGCUAAAAUAGUCGAUCAACAGAAUGCAGACAGUCCAGAUUAUCAACCGAUGGCAGGUGAUUUCGAUCAGAAUAUAGCUUUUCAAGCUGCACUCGAACUUGUGAUUGAUGGACAUAAACAACCAAAUGGCUAUACUGAACCUAUUUUACAUCGUCGACGACGUGAAUUCAAAGCUCGACAACAACAAAACCAACAAGGAGGAGAAGGAUCACAACAGAAGUCUACAGUACAUAUUCGUAGUUCUCUCUAA